AUGCCCAAGUGUUUUAUGAAUUCCGUUCGGCCGUUAAGAGGAUUUUUCAUUCAUAAAACAGGUAAUAAUUUUGUAGAUGAAGUGGUAAAAUCAUCUCGAGGCCCAAAAAUGUCGCUAAAAAAACAGAAGACUCUUUUAAAAAUCAACGAAACCAUAUACAACGAUAAAGUACCAAUCUCCACGCGUUUUUAUCUCCAACUUUUAAAGAAAAGUCAAUUUCUAUCGCAUUUUACUGACAAUGAGAAUUACGACUACGCAUCUGAAAGCGAAAAGCCAAUUAUUUCAGAAUUAAAGAGAAAUAAUACGAACCAAAAACGAGAAACCGAUAAAUCCACGUACAAUCUACGAUCUUCCGAGAGAACGGUAAGAAAGGUAUUCUGCGAAAAGCCUAGAAGACGGAAAAAGAAGAUCACAGAAGCACAUGAGAAAACUAAUGAGAAAAAAAUAAUAAAAGAGCCUCUUGCACCAAUAAUAGAAGAGUUGAAAAGCAGGGAACCUCUUAAAAGUUCAUAUAAAGGAUCUGAAAUCGACAAAAUUGCAGAAAAGCUUAAAAGCUUGGUGCGCAGUAAUGAAGAAGAGAAGCUAACUAAAGAGUUGCUGUACUGCAAAGAGUCCUUUGAAAAGGAGAAUUUGGUUCCUGAUGGCAAUAAUACAGUCUUGAAAGAGGGGCUGCUACCUAAUAAAUCUUCAAUCGUCAAUAAAUAUAGUAGUAAUCGAAAAUUUAUUACAGAUUAUAAAUGUGCUGAAGAACGGCGUCCUAGACCAUGCCACGUUUGUUCCUAUUGCGGCAAAAGCUUUGAUAGGCCGUGGGUGCUCAAAGGACAUCUGCGCCUGCAUACUGGAGAGAGGCCAUUUCCGUGUCCAUACCCGCAUUGCGGUAGAACCUUCGCUGAUCGUUCCAAUCUUCGCGCCCAUCAACGCACUCGUGGUCAUCAUUCGUGGCAAUGGCGUUGCCAACAGUGCGGCAAAGCUUUCAGCCAGAACAGAUACUUGGAGAGGCAUAGAGCUGACGCAUGCAAAAAAUAUAAGCUAAAUACAAGGCAAGCCCACAGUGCAACUCUACCAAACAAAGAAAGCAUCCCACUUUACGGUGUUAUACGAAGAAAUGUACUUACGAAACCAGAUGUGAAUAUUUAUUGUAAAGAUUUUAAUGAAGAGCCAAUAGAUUUGUCGAUUCGAAAAAGAAUGGAUUGA